AUGGGCUGCUCUCCAUCUAAAGGAAAGUUAUUUUCAAAGCCUGAAAUCCCUGGACCUCAGAAGGCUCUGCUGGCAGAAGCACCACAGGAUGCUGCUGGAGAUAGACCUGAAGAGGUGGAGAAUAAAUGUUUGAAAACUGAACACCAAGAAAAUGAACCUCCACUACCCACUGAAGAACACCUGACAAAAGAGACAACAUGGUUGGCCUCCAACCCAAUGUCUGCCCAAAUGGCAGAGGACAUCAAGGAAAAAGAGGUGAAUGUAAUGCCACAAGAAAUAGUCUGUGAUGUUGUACAAACAGAUAAGAUUAAAAAGACGGAGAAACGAAAGAAAAAUAAAGGCAACAGAAGGUCUACUGACAAGAAGAGGAAGUCCUCUAUUGUUCAGACAAAGGUGGACUUCCCACCACACAUGGUGAGGGCUCAUCAGGCCGCCUAUACCUUUCUGAAUCCAAAUAUCUCCAAAUAUGAAACUUUGUUGGGCCUGCUAGACCAAGCUGCCCAGACACAGUUGUCCCUCCAGCCCAUGAUGUCUGCUAUGGUGUUGCGCUUUGAGGAGAUCAACCAGGCACUGGAGGAGAUGGCUGAAGAGGGAGAGCUGAUGUUGAAGGAGCAUGGGGACUACAUGGCCUUACCUUCUGGGAUGAUGGGCCCAACUGUUAUGUCAGCUAAACCUAGCACCGACAGAGGCAAGCCCCCCGAUCCACCUCCUGAUCUUUUACAGCAACUGCUCCAGCAUUCAACAGAAAAAAUGAGGCAGGUGGCAGGCUCAGUCCAGGCAUUGGGUGACACCACACUUGAGGAGGCAGUGGAGUACUAUUCCUCCAUUUCUAAAGUGCUGGUUGAGAAGCUGCAGGCCAAGCAGGCAGCAGAGCAGAGGGUGGCUCAAGUGCUUGCUCGGGUAGAGGGGGCAGCAAUGAGGAAGUCUAACCCGGAGGACUUGGCACUGCACAGCGAGGACAGUGGAAUUGGGGGAGAAAACGAGAGUCUGACAGGGUCGGAGAGGCACCGCCGCCACCGUGGGAGUGCUGGAUCUGGAAGUUGUGGAUCUGGAGUAAACAUUCGGGGGGCAUUUGAUAAUCUCGCCAGUAAUUUACCAAACCUGGUAGGGCACAAUGAAGAUGAGGAGGAGGAUGAUGAGGAUGAGGAUGAUGAUGAAGAGUACGAAGAUGAUGAAAAUGACAGGCCUCAAAGGAAAAGGUCGAGUUCCUCCCCACCUGAUCCCAGUCAGGCUCUUCGCUACAUGCAUGCAAAUUAUAUCCAGGAACAGCAGCCUACAGUUAAACGACCCCUCACUGCAGCCAACCCUGAACACGUUUCAUCCACCAGGAGGCCUAACAAAAGUGGGAUCCCUCUGUUAUCUGACGCAGUCAAUUGCAAUGAUCGGGGAUUAGUCAUCAAUGGCAACAAUAACAACAACAGCUGGCCUGACAACAGGGAUGACCUGGACAUGGACAACUUACCACCACCACCCCCAGAGGUUCUGAUGGACAAUUCCUUCCAGAGUACCGAAGGCCUGCCUGGAAAUGAGGAAGGGUUGCGGGAAGAUUCAGGUCGGAGUCUCCCAAUGAUAAACCAAAAGACUGGAAUUUCCCAGCGUCUAAAAGCAUCCAUACAGAAUGUUGAAGUGUUGCCAAACAGAGCAAGUGUGAGGCCAAGAUCAAUCAACAGCUUACCUGCCCAUCCUGUAAGGCAGGAUGAUGCAGAAGAUUCGGAACAACAACCAGAAACAGAUGUCGAUCCAGAAACUGAGAAAGCUAACUGUCUCUACCAGCAGGCACGUAAAAUCAUUCACCUGCGCGAUGCAGUAGAAUCUACUGACAAGAGAAAUAUUGUGGAACCCAGUGGCAGAGGGACUUUACCCCGUCAAGACAGAAUGAGCCAAAGAUGUGAAAGCACUGAAUAUUAUGAGGGUGACAUGCCCUCUUGCAGCCCACCUGUGACAGCACCACCUGUCUCCAGAGUCCGCCUGCCCCCAUCUGGUCCCUCUGUGCGCCACAGAUAUCCAAGUCCCCCAGUUUUCCGACCACAGUCCUUGUCAUCUCACCCCAGUUCUCCUAAAAAAGUGACACGUGCCACGGAUAACAACCCUGAGGAGAUCAUUCCAUCUGUGUCCUUUCAAGAUGCCCGCUCAGUCUUUUGUCAAAAAGAUUCACAAAACUCUCAGGCCUGCCUCUCUUCUGUGCUUCCCAGACGAUGGGGAGAGGUCUCCCGAGGAAGGUUAACAACAAGAGGGAUAGGCAACUCUGCCCGUCGCACCCAAUCAGAACAGAGACCUAGCGUGACUUCCCAGUCAGAGUUAUCCAGGGAUGGCAGUUUGGCCUCUACUCAGGCCAACGAGUGUGAGCCUCUUGUCUCAAAUUAUAGGCCGGGCAGCCCUCUGCUGACAGGAGACGAUGCCCAACUGGAUCCAAGUGCCACUGUGAUGACAGCCUAG